AUGACCAAGAGCAAGCACCUGAAUAGUGGAGGUCCGGUCCAGCGCUUGAAUUGCAGUAUACUGCAGGGGAAAGGAUCUGAAUUCAUCACCGCGGGGAUUGCUACGCUACAACCGGGCGGCAAGAGGAUGGAUCGGCAGAGAAAGCAUAUAUUUCCUGUCAGCAAAUCGCUCGAUUCGUCGCUGAAAAAGAAUACGGCUUUCAUCAAGCGCCUUCGCACUGGUAUCAAUGCUGCUGCCCAGCAGACGUUACUAACUGACAUCCGCACGUUGUCGCUUCACAAAUACCUUUCGGAGAUCAUAUCAGCAUGUUACGAGGGGCUUUGUAAACUCAAAUCGCCUGGAGAGAUUACUGCCGGUGUUGAGAUUACCAGUGCCCUGCAUCAGCGAUUUGGUCCGGCGGAGUUCACCCGACAAAUCGGGUGGUUGCUGGGACGGGGCCUGAGCUCACCGGAUAAAAGUCAGUUGAAAACUCUUAGCCAGGAACUGCGUGAGCGCGAGGAAAAAGAAAGACUGUCUCGCCACCGAGUAUUGUUAAAGGUUGUGACGGAGUUGUGGCUGGUCGGCGUGUUGAGGACUCUUGAUGACGUUGAACGACCGGAGGAUGUGGGUUCUAAGGGAAAAGAUGGCGCGGGAUUAGGCAAUAAAGUGGUCGAUGGAGUGUCGAGGAACAGAAAUCCAGCGGGUGACAAGGAGCCAGAACCGUUCCCUUUGGAGGUCUUGAAGGAUCUUCUCGGCCAUGAUCGCGACCAUUCCAAUCUGCCGCUGGCUUUAUUGUUCGCGAAGAGCUUCAGCUGGGAUGUUCUUGGCGCGAAGGCCGCUGAAGAGGGAAGGAAAACUGUUGAGGCUGACGGAGCGACAGCUAUGCCUGCUGAAACUCAAAAUGGUGACGAGGCUACGGCCGAAGAUGACACACCGCUUGCCCCGGAGAAGAUCCAGGUUCGUUUCAAAAGUAUUCUGAACCGAUACCUGGAAGAUGUUAAGGCGCAUGUCAUGCGCGAUCAAAAGGCGCUCACUGCACAGAGCAGGCGCAAUGCGGAAGCCUACGUAAAGAGUGGUGAGAUUUUCGAAGAUCGGCAGGCAAAUUUUGAGAGGCAGACCAAGUCGCUGGAGAAGUUGGUUGCGAAUACGCAAGUCCUUUGCGAGAUCCUGGGUGUAGAGAUGCCUGCUUUAGCUACACAAGAAGCUUCAGAUCCGGCAGCAAGCGGCGGUAUUGGUCUCGUCAAGACCUCGGAGUACCUCCGGGGUCAAGGAGAAGGGCCUGGAAUUUGGGAGGAUGAAGAGGAGAGACGCUUCUACGAGAAUCUUGUCGACUUAAAAGGCAAAGUCCCAGCUGUUUUGCUGGAUGACGGAAAGAAGAAGAAGACCGAGACCGGCGAACCGACCAAGAAGAAGGAAAGUGAAGCUGGCCACGAGUCCAGUGAGAAAACCGAGCCUCAGAGCCAGAUUUCGGAGGAAAGGACUACCGAAGCUGAUGAUCAGUCUAUGGCGAUUGCGAGCAAGACCGUUGGAGCCCAGGUGGAUGCGCUUUUGGCCAAGCUUCCUGAGCUGCAAACAAAAGAACAAGUUGACCAGAUGGCACUGGAUUUCUGCUUUCUCAAUUCCAAAGCCUCCAGGAAUAGACUUGUGAAAGCUAUCUCUGAUAUUCCGAAAGGCCGCAUCGAUCUCUUGCCUCUGUACUCGCGUCUCGUCGCAACCCUUGGACAGUAUAUGCCAGACAUUCCUCAGGGAUUGACGACGUAUCUUGACGAAGAAUUUCGCAGUCUUCAGCGCAGAAAGUCCAAGGAGUUUCUUGGCCAGGUGCGAAUGAGCAACAUCCGCUACCUCGCGGAAUUGACAAAAUUUGGAGUAGUUCCGGAGCAUAUCAUAUUCCACUGCUUCAAAGUUUCCCUGGAUGAUUUUUCGCGCAUGAACAUUGAGAUCAUUGGCCACCUGCUAGAGAAUUGCGGACGAUACUUGCUUCGGAACCCGGAUACGUCCCCACGAAUGGCAUCCUUUCUGGAGACGCUCGGAAGAAAGAAGACAGUGCAGCAUCUGGGUCCACAAGAACGCAUGAUCAUCGAGAAUGCUGUCUACUAUGUCGACCCACCCCAGCGGCCUGCCAUUCAACAAAAGGAGCGGACACCCAUGGAGUCUUACAUUCGAAAACUCAUUUAUCUGGAUAUGAACAAGCGGAACUAUACCAAGAUUCUAAAGUCAGUCCGGAAGCUCCAUUGGGAGGAACCGGAGGUGGUUCAUAUCCUGGAACGUGUUUUUAGCAAACCGGCUAAGGUCAAAUACGGCAAUAUCCAUCUGCUUGCAAUCCUUGUUAGUGCGCUCUACCGCUAUCACCAAGGCUUCGUCAUUGGUAUUGUGGACAAUAUUCUGGAGUAUAUCACACUGGGUCUUGAGCAGAAUGAUUUCAAGUUCAAUCAGAAGCGGAUUGCAGAGGUCAAGUACCUGGGAGAGCUGUAUAACUAUAAAAUGAUUGACUCUCCUGUAAUAUUCGAUACGUUGUAUCGGAUUGUCACAUAUGGCCACGAAGGCGGCACUCCGAUGCCAGGAAAAAUUAAUGUGCUUGAUAUGCCCGACGAUUUCUUCCGGAUACGAUUAGUCUGCCAGCUUCUGGAUACCUGCGGUCAUUGUUUCGACCGAGGAUCUGCGAAGAAGAAGCUUGACUUCUUCUUGAAGUUCUUUCAAUACUACAUUUGUACCAAAGACCCACUGCCGAUGGACAUCGACUUCCUUGUCCAAGACACGUACUCUCUCACCCGCCCGCAAUGGACCCUAGUUACGGAACUAGACGAAGCUAGCCGUAUCUUCGGCGAGGCUGUUGCCCAGAAUUUCAAGCCACAAGAGGAGAAGCCUGAACCCGAGGAAGAAUCGGAGGAUAGUGGAUCAGAUGAGGAUCUGGAAGAAGACGCAUUUCCAGAGGCCGACGAGGAAGGAGAGUCGAGUGAUGAGGCCGAUGUCUCUCCAAACGCUGAGCGCAACGACGACAGCGAGUCUGAGGAAGAACAAAUAUUCGUCACCCGUCAAGAAGAGGAACGAGACCCCGAGGCCGAAGCCGAGUUUGAUCGUGAAUUCGAGAAAAUGAUGGCGGAAAGCGUUGAGUCCAGAAAAUUCGAGCGCAAGGCUGUGUUUGAUAUUCCUUUACCGAUGAGACGCGCUGCCCGUGAUCCCACUGCGGAAGUCACAGCCGCGAAUUCAACCCCAGCUCCCGUUUCCUCGCCUGCUCAGUCGUCCGGUACAAUGGCGUUCUCUUUGAUGACCAAGAAAGGCAAUAAGCAGCAGACUCGUACUAUCGAUUUGCCAUCCGACUCCACUUUUGCCGUUGCCAUGAGAAGCCAGCAGCAGGCCGAUAGGGAGGAGCAGCAGCGGAUCAAGAACCUGGUAUUGAACUAUGAAAUGUCCAACGAGACGGACAGUACCGAAGAACCCGUUGAGAAACGCUCCCCUGCCAGGGUAGACAAGUCGGGCACGAACCGCUCGGCUUUCCGCUCGCGCAAGCUGCAGCUCAGUGACGUGAAUUGGUAGUGUUUGGCAUGGUUAUCCGGAAGCCACCUCAAUAGGCAUUAUGACCUGCUGGGACUGGAUUCCCAACGAGACAUGGUGUUGAUAGCCUGAUACCUUAAAAUGGUGAGUGGGUUUGACCGUGAACAUUGAACCCAAACAACCGACUGGUCAAUCCACUUGUGUGCAUGCGAAAGAAGAACGGCUUACAAGACGGGAAAGGAAAGAUCCUCGUCGCAAGCUUAUCCACCAGCUCGGACGUCACCCAUUAGAGGAAGUAGACGAUGGUUACACUCGACCUGGUCUUGGCCUCCGCUCUUCGGCCGUGUGGACGCGGAAAAUGUGACUCAACUUCGCAGAGAGACAGCGCUUUGGCUGUAUGCUUUCCAUGUGCCCAGCUUAGUUCAGCCCGCUGUUCAUCCUAGCCUGGCCUUUUCCAGUCAGGCGCUAUAUUUAGUCAAGUCAGGAUCAAUCGCUUAUGGCCAAGCGCGGAUAAUCCUUUAUCUAUGUGCUUUGCCAGGACCUGAACGGAACAUAGCGGACAACAGCUUGGUGCAUUACACCAUGCAGUGGAUUAUGCUCCUAGCAAAGUACGAGUUAUGUGCCUACACGCGAAACCGAAUCAUGAUCAAGACCAACAUUUACAUUAGAUGAUAAUUGACUUCAAUCUUACUGAUCUGCCUUUC